CCAAUGUUUUUAUCGGCUACUCGCGUGUCGUGUUAAUGUGGAUAGUCUCAGCGAAAUAUCGAUUGCUAAUUGUUUAAUAAAAUGAUUUAUUUCUUAUAAAUUCGACCGGCUCCGAAUCGGUAACAAUGAACUUUAAUAGAACGUCGUUAACGUAACGCUGUGCUGAUAACUAUCUCGGCGUGUAUAGGAUAGCGUGUAUCGCGCGGUUGUCAGUCGGCGCGCGCGCACUCUCCACGGUGGUACGCGAGUCGCUGCUAUCUGUAAAACUUCGUAAAUCGAAAUCGUUAUCACUGAACUCAUGUUGUACCUCCUAAAUAUAAAGCCACUUCUCUGAGAUGCUGGUUUCUAAUGGAGUUCUAAAAACAAGAAAUUAAGAGUACGAUGUGGAUACGACCUGCAAUCAUUUUAAAUUUAAUCACCAUCGAAUUUUCUUUAACUAAUUAUAUAGAAAACGAUCCGAUAUCGACCGAGGGGCAUGCGAAUUUAUUUGACAUGAAAACAUCUAAAAAGUAUCAAAAUAUUAGAUUGAUGGAACCAAAAAAAGGAAUUCAUUUAAAUCGACCUUCAUAUUCGCCGUGGACUCGAUGGAGUGUAUGCCAAGAAGGUCGUAAGACCCGGAGGCGACAUUGUGUACUUAAAAGAGUGUGUGGGGACUCCUUACGCGUUCAAGUUUCAAGAUGUAGACAACGCAACAGGGGUCGAAAGAAGAUGACACAAAACACAAAGUUCGGAAAUUACAUGAUUAUACCUCAAAGACGUCAGUUAGAUUCCGAAGAUGUGCAGAAACGAUUCCGUGGAUUCUCGCAGUGGAGCUCAUGGACUAAUUGUUCUCGCAAAUGUACAACUGUAAGAAGAAGGCGAUGCAUGAAACGGUCAAUUUGCGGUCGUAAAAUUGUAAAGCACUCGGCGUACUGCUAUUUGGAAGGGAGUUUCUGUCACACGUGGAUACGAAACAGAAUGCAGAAGCGGCAGGACCCAGGGCGUGCAGUAUUACAAGCCAUGCCUCCACCGGCUCCGGCGAUACAUCACGAAGAUUACCGAAUGGCUCCGACUGCCCACUCCUGUGGUCGACUAGGACGGUAUCGAGGCUCUGUAGCCGCGAGGUACAGGGGACGUAUGAGAGACAUGAUCCGGAUCAUCGGAGGAAGGCCGGCGCCGCCUGGUAAAUGGCCGUGGCAGGUUGCCGUUCUAAAUCGAUUUAAGGAGGCGUUUUGUGGCGGGACCCUCGUUUCGCUUCGCUGGGUGGUGACAGCAGCUCAUUGCGUGCGGCGACGGCUUUACGUGCGCUUGGGUGAGCACGACCUGCUCCUGCGGAACUACGGGGAACUGGAGAUGAAGGUCACCGAAGCAGUCGUACAUCCUCGAUACGACCCUGACACGGUCAUCAACGAUGUCGCCAUGCUCCGAUUACCGACGUCCGCCCGCCCCGACCUUGGUCACGGGAUAGCUUGCCUUCCGAAUCCACACCAGUCUCUCCCUCCGCAUACAUCCUGCAUAAUACUCGGGUGGGGUAAGAAGCGGCCCACAGAUGUCCACGGUACGAGGGUGUUGCACGAAGCGCAGGUUUCGACAAUACAGCAAGGCGUAUGUCGUCGCUCGUACUGGCAAUACGCCAUCACAGACGACAUGGUGUGUGCGGGACGCGGGCGGCGUGAUUCGUGCGCAGGGGACUCCGGCGGACCGCUGCUUUGUCGGGACCGCUCCAAUAGAUACGUCUUACAGGGCAUUACCAGUUUCGGAGACGGAUGCGGGAAGCGUGGGAAGUACGGCAUAUACACGAGAACUGCUGGUUACGUCACUUGGAUUAAAGACGUAAUGAAUAGCAAAUACUUCGAUUGAAAUCGAUCUGAAGAUAGUCUUUUUGCUUUGAGAGAUAACGUGACUAUGAAGUGGUAUACUCACCAUUCGGCAUUGCCUAAUUAGGCACACUAUAAAAUAUUUAAGGACACGCUUGUUUUGGUUUAAGUGUUUCAGAUUCGGGAAAGUUUUAACGAAAAUGUAUAUUAUAUCUAAUUUAAUUUGGGGUCGUAAUAUUCUCAGUGCGAUUUCCAUUUCAGUACUAAUUAAUCUCUAGUUACAAAUACGUAUACCUAUCCGAGACGAGGCUGCAACAGAAUCUUGUUACUAAUGACUUUGUUACCUAAUCCGCGUCGGUAUCUUUGAAUAUAGCCAUAGAAUAUGCUAUUAUAUGAUGUGGAUAAAACACUAUUUUAUCUAUAAAUUGUAACUGAUGCUAUAGCAGUGAUGAUAUUCGAUUGGCAGCUGAGAAUCUCAUUUUCCACAGAGAAAGUGGUUUACAAGCGCUUAAAGUUUUUUUUUUAAUUUUUUUAUUGCUUAUGCGGUUGGACGAACUCACAGCCCACCUGGUGUUAAGCGGUUAUCGGAGCCCAUAGACAUCUACAACGUAAAUGCCGCCACCCACCUUGAGAUAUAAGUUCUAAGGUCUCAGUAUAGUAAUAACAGCUGCCCCACCCUUCAAACCGAAACACAUUACUGCUUCACAGCAGAAAUAAGUAGGGUGGUGGUACCUACCCGUGCGGACUCACAAGAGGUCUUACCACAAGUAAUAAUGCAAAUUAUAAUUUUGCGGGUUUCAUUUUUAUUACACGAUGUUAUUCCUUCACCGUAGAAGUAAAUCGUGAACAUUUGUUAAGUACGUAUUUCACUAGCUCUAGCAAGAGCAGUGCUUCGCAAAAUCUACUACCGGAUCGGAAUCGCGACCAAAUAAGAAAAUCCGGCGAGAGCAAUUCUCGACCGCCAAUGGACGAUAAUGUAAACAAUAACAUUAUAUUAGAAAGGCACUAAACAUAACGUCUAGUCGAUGACUGUUUGUACACUGCGUUUGGAAUGCAUUAUAAAUUAUUGGUGGUUUGAAAUCGAUUUUUUCUAUUUACGCAUGUUUAUACUUUAAACGAAGUUACAUUUUAAAACCCAAGAGGUUAGUGUGGAACUAACUUUAAAGUUUACACGAAUAAUAAAGUCGAAAUGCUGGGCUUGUAAGCUUUGUCAUUUUCUUUCGUAUUUGAUAUAAAGCUAUUUCGACACUGUAUAAGAUAUCGAUGAUUAUCGACAGCUAUUUCGUAGAGUUACACGAGUGUAUAAAUCCCACCCACAACCAUCCUCAAGGAUCGAAACUAUUCCUUUAUUUAUAUGUAUUUAUCGAUGAUGUGUUUGUUCAGUUUGAGAAGUUUGUGAAUAUAUUUCCGGUCUCCGAUUUAUAUAAACACGAUUCAUUUAACUAAUUUAAUACUACUCUUUAAAUUUACAUUCCAUUUACUGUUACAGUACUCGGCGAUAGAUAUUCCAUAUCGACCUUUGAAAAGAAACAAUUUGUUAAAUUCGACUUUGUAGAGCAUUUUCUCUACCGUACACAACACUAAUAGUCCGGUGUCUAUUAAGACCGCAAUAGAACAAAACCUGUAAACGUCACAUAGGUAGUGUGUGAUAGACAGUUUGUUGCUUUCCCAAAAACUAUGUGUAAUAUUUAUCACUAGGUACUGUAUCAUACUUUUUACUUAUUAGUUACAUUUCAGUAUUGCACUGCAUUAUACAUCAUGUUAUUCAUUUGGCAUCUAGUAGCGAGGCUAAUAAAAGUUAAGACGCAACACCUAAUGGUGAAGAUAUCAGCAACCAUUCUCCGGUCCAUUAGUAUUAUAGUAAGGAGUCGUUAACUGCUUCUGCGUUUCGACUCAGAAGAUGGUAGUAAUGGCAAGUAAACUUUUUAUGCUUGGUUAGCAUAGAAUAACGCCUAUAGCAUAAGCUGCAAUUGACUCGUGAUAUUUCAGUACUGAUGAUGCGUAAUGUAUCACAAUCACUUUUGCCGUGUCAUGUUACGGCAUCAUAUGCCGAUAGUCCUGCUGGUAGUGUACCCAGGCGAUAAAGACUGCGCAGUCUGUAGCGACCGUUAUCUUGAUACAUUGAUCACAUACCAAUCGUUUGGAGGUAGCAAUAAAUUAACGCACUCUUAAUAAAUACGCUUCGUAUUAUUGAUGUUAAAAAUGUAAAUAUUAUUUAUUAUUCUUUUAUUUUCAAAAUUUACUUUUUCACAUCAAAAUCUGUAUCGUUUCUGUGCAUGUUAAGCUAUGUAUGUACAUUAUACGUGACAAAUAAAAUCUCUCUACGUUUUUUAAACAGAGUUUUACUUUGAACCCUGUUCUUGUUUUCAGAUUUCACGUUUUCCGGACUUGGAUUACUUUGCUUUUCAGGUAUAUGAAUGAAUUUUGCACGUACGUGGUUUUUCAGUUCUGCUUAAAUAAAUGCCCAGCCCACCAAAUGGUAAACAGUUACCGUAAUCCAUAUGCAAAACAAUAAGCGAUUGUGAGGUUAAUUUAAUCAGAAUAACGGGUCAUCGUUUGAACGCGUGAGCCCUAUGUGGUAGACCACGGAGUAUGUAAUAAUUGAGAAUCGAAAUUAUUAUGAAGAUAAUAAUUUACUCAAAUUUUGAAACAAAAUUCAUUUUGUCAGUGCAUUGUAAAUUAAGAUUAAAUUGAUUUCAAUACAAUUUCAAAGCUUAAAACGGAUUAAAGCUUUUACACUUUUGCUGGGAAACGAAAUUUAAAAUUCUAUGACAGUAUUGAUGUCAGCGGAAGCCAGAAUUAAAGAUGCCGGGACAUCGUGAGAUGCAUCAAGUUUGCCCCCUCCAACACUACAUAACGAUCACGACUACUCUAUCAAAAGUGACAUGACUGAGAAGAAGAAGAAACCAAAAAUGGUCACUCAACCAUGAAAAUGAGAAAGACAUGAAAUUUCUGUUUAAACAAUUUAUUUAAAUAAACAAAAACAAACGUUUCACAAAAGGUAUGAUAUUGAAAAAGCUCAAAAUCAAAUUCAAACAAUAAAACAAAAAACGGAAUUACAAAAAAUUGUAUACGAAUUAAAAA